AUGAGUCAACAGCAGCAGCAACAGCUUCCUUUUGGUUACCUCGCGCAGAUGGAGUCGUACUUUUCCACCGUCAACGCCUUCACGGCGGCCCCUGCGACGAAGGCGGCGAUCAUCCCCGCCCGCCAGCAACCACCACCAGCCCCGCUGCCGCCGACCAACACCACCACCAGCAACCUGCCGGACUGCUUCCGCACGCUCCGCUGCGACGGGUGCGAGAUGCUCUUUACUGAAGCCGGCACGGACGAGGCCCGGUGGACGUUUCCCUGCGGCCACGUGUACUGCGCCGAAUGCAUGCGUCGCGCGCGGUCCGCCGCGGAGCGCACCAACGUGCACGCACUUUGCCGGCGGUGCUCCAACAUUGUCGUGCGCAAGCGCGACAACGCACCAUGCGCUCACCCGAUCCCGAUCGUCUCCUUCAACGCCGCCAGCCGGGCGACGGGGGAGGGCUUCGCCGGCCUGCCGGACAGGUACAGGCUGGCGCUCGGCCAGCGGACGGGUCCCAAGUGCCAGCUGUGCUGGCUGGCGGCGCGCCUGCAGAGCCUGACAUUCCGCGCGGCGGUGCGCUGGCCGGCGGUCGCCGAGUCGGGCUUCCCGGGGGAGCUGUUCGCGUGCGUGCAGGUGGACAGGCGCCGCAUCGUGCACGGCAUGCGCAGGGAGCUGCCGGAGGCCGAGGUCGACCCGGAGGACGACGUGGAGCUGGGGAGGGGGGUGCGGUCGGUGCGCGAGGAGCUGGCGCGCCUGGCGUCGGAUAUCUGCGGCGGCCUGGGACAGGUCCCGAUGGAGCCCAACUUUGACCCGCGGGGGGAUAUCGUAGUGCAGUACCGCCUGCGAGGCUUUGGGCGCUGGGUGAGGGAGAAUGGGAUGGAUGAGGGGGCCCUGCCGGUCGGGCUGCGGGCGGCGGUGUAUGGGGAGUGGGCGUGA